CUCAUUCAUUGUGUUUGUAUGAUAGAUGCAAAGCAAUGGAGAGAGUUUUUACUAAGUAAAGAAUCUGCAGAAGUAAAGAAUGACAUAGAAAGCUUUGCUGGAUUAGAAAGAAUCUAUGACUUGCCAGAUAUGAAUGGGAUAACAGAAGUCUCUUCUUCAGCUUCUUGUGUACACAAUAGAAGAAGUAAUCAAACAGGAUUGAAUAUGAACAAGGACCUGAAUACUAUGGUGACCAUUACCCAAAAUGAAUACAACUUUUUGAAAUAUUUGAGAAAGUUAUAUGCUUGGCUCAUCUAUUUCCCUAAUCACUUCAAUGUAAGAGAGGCUCUAUUAGAAGCUGGUUUUACAGAUGUUCAAUCAGAUGGCUUUUGUAAAUGUUGUGACUCAGAACAUCCAACCAAACCUGAACAGUUUCAUUUAGCCUUGACAAGCAAUCCAGGAGAAGUAAUCAUUUCGUAUUCUACUCUCAGCAAUCCGGAACCUUAUGGACAAUGUGUUACUAUAGAAGAUGAUAUCGAUGGCCUUGGAAAUACUUUUACUGGAAAAGUGUUUUGUACAAAUGAUACAAGAACAUUUACUAUUGGUUCAGGUCAACCUCCACUUAUUUGUAGAAACUAUACUGGUUAUUUCCAUCAUGUGAAAGUAACGGGAUUGAUUCCAGGAAAGAAAUAUUAUUAUUCUGCUAAUGCUUAUUCGAAUAGAUAUUCAUUUAUUGCUCCAUAUGGAACAAAUUCUUCUCAUGUAACAUUUGGUGCCAUAGCAGAUAUUGGCACUCAAGGAGGUAAACUCACAAGAGAAGCAUUGAAGAAGCAUAAAGAUGAAAUGGAAUUUCUUAUGGUAAUUGGUGAUCAAUCUUAUAGUGAUGGAUGUGAAGCCGUUUUUGAUAAAUAUAUGAGAGAUAUGGAAGAUAUAAUAGCCCAUGUACCUUAUAUGAUAGCUGCAGGUAAUCAUGAAGGUCCUUGGAACUUUACUGGAAUUCGCAAUCGUUUUCGUAUGCCUUUAGAAGAGAGUGGAGCAGGUCCAGAUGCAUUAUGGUAUUCAUUUGAUCAAGGACCAGUUCAUUUUGUAGUUCUCAGCUUUGAAAAUUAUUUAGACUAUGAAAAAGGAGAGUUGUAUGAAGAGACUUAUGCAGAACCACUUUACAUUUUCCAAGAUCAAGUUCAAUGGCUGGAAAAGGAUUUGGAAGCUUUUGCUAAACGUCGAGACCAAAAUCCCAAUUUGUGGUUGAUUGUUAUGGCACAUCGACCUAUUCGGUGUUCUUUGAAUGUCUCGGAUUGUUCCGAAUUGGCUCCUCAAUUGAGUGCCAGUUUAAUGCCUUAUCUUGUGAAAUACAAAGCUGAUCUCUAUACUUGUGGACAUGUGCAUACUUAUGAAAGAAUGGAUCCAACUAUUCCGGAAACUGGUCAAGUAUGUUCUCAAUGCAAAGCAGUCAACAAUGUUUAUCAUCAACCUCCUUAUCCAGUUCAAGUUAUGAAUGGCUAUGGAGGUACUGUGAUUGAAGGUCAUAAUAUCUAUACGGGUCCUAAACCUGAUUGGUCUGCAGUUCGAUACAACUCAUCAUAUUAUCCUUAUGGAGGUUAUGCUAUUGUCAAUGUGAACCUAAAUACUCUCAAUUAUACAUUUUAUCAUACUAGUGGUGAAGUUUGGGACUCUUUUGUUAUUCAAAAAUAAGUUUUGAAUGGCAAUAUCGUAGCAGAAGUUUAUGUUUUG